AUGGCUACUACUCCGUCGCACGGGCGAUCCAUGUUCAAAGAUGCCGCUGCAGUAGCUGGAGGCGUCGCUGUCGGCAGUACAGUGGGUCAUAUGGCGGGCAGUGCAAUAUCAGGGUUAUUUGGUGGUCAUCACCGACAUGAAGUGGAACAAGCGCUACCACAGAACUACAAUUAUAACCAAGAGCCAAGUGGACCUUGCGCUUAUGAAAUAUCGCAGUUCUUGGCUUGUGCUACAAACCAUGAAAAUUUGGAAGAGUGCACAGAAUUUAAUGAGGCCCUAAAAGAAUGUAAGCGACGUAACCGGCUUCCAUAG